AUGAAAGAGUGUAGUACCCUGUUCAGGAGAAACCAAAAAGAAGAAUCGGUUCUUUCAAAGAAAAGAUAUAUUAUGGCGCUUCUAUGCAUAAUAAAGGGUCUAUAUGCACAAAUAGAACUAGAAAAUGCAGAAAAGAUACAGGAAAUGAGAUUUGGGGAUGGGCAUCUUGCGAUUCAUUCAGAGGGAUCACUAUACCCUCUACGGGGAUAUUUAUUAGAUCGCUGCAAAUACAUGCAGAACAUGCGAAUGUAUUUAUCUGAUGAUGAUAUAAAGUACAAUCCAAAAAGAAGCAACCAGCCAACUAAUAAUAACUAUAUUGAUGCGUGUAUUAAGAAGCCAUUAAAUGGCAUUGCAUGCGCCAGUGAAGAUGACAAGAAAAGUGAAUAUUUAUGGAAAUUUACUCAGCAGAUGAUUACUAUGUUCCCUACAGAAGGCGAGCACUUAUCCAUUGAGUCAGACAGCCCUGACUCAUUCACACAAUUUCUGAGAGAGCACAGAGACCGACCAGAUAGUUUAUACGCCCUAGCCGCGCUUUUUCUUCUCGCAGAAGGGGUGAACAUUCCAAUUAAAAUAGUGAAUGAAAGCGGAAAUACUGGAGAUAAAAUACUUGUUCUAAAGCAGAAAGGUGCAGAGAGUGGAUUCCAUGUUAACUUGAACAUGGCUAUAAAGGAUAAAACAGAAGAUGGGACAAUUGCGGGCACAGUGUAUCAGAAGAAAACAGAAGAUUUAGUAAAUUUCUUCAGUAGCCUUACUAAUACUGAACUAUUUUCCUUCCUAGAGGUACCAGAAGAGUUCUUGAUGCCUAAUACCUACGAAGAGUUUUUAACAGGUAACUUUUUAAAUAGUCCAAAAUUCCUCAUACAGGCAUACUUUUUUGAAUAUAUAGACAGUGUGAAGAUGUAUGAAGAGUUUGUAAGAGCUGUGCAUGAAUUGCUGACGGAGAAGAUGUCAAACAGUGAUGAGAGCGGGAAUCCGAGCAUAGAGACAGAAAACAAAGCACAGCAAGUAUUUGACAGUCUAUUCAUUAAGGAAACAUUAUUACAACCGAAUCUAAACUAUAUUGCAGACAUCUCUAAGCUUAAAGAAGCAGGAAAGAUGUGCAUGUGCAUACCUUUUAUGAGUGGCAUGCGGCCAUCUAGAUACACACACAUACCUCCAUACUAUCGAAGUAAAGACGCGUUAGAAACAGACAGAGACCUUUAUUAUCCAAAUAUUAUGGAAACAAUUCUUCUCAGUCUGUUCUGCUGCUUUGUAUUUGACCCAGUAACAAAAAAAUAUACCACAGAUCACAUACCAGGAGCAUCCAAGGAUCUCCAGGACUUCUUUAGGAAAUACAAUGCACCAACUAUAGAAAUCGACUAUCUUAUGCAAAGAAACUGGUCUAGAGUGGUCUCUGACCUGCCAUGCAAAAGGAUUAAGUAUUCAAGAAAAAACAAUAAUGAAAUUAUGCCGGGAGUAACUAACAUGUUAUAUGUCAUAUCCGAAAUUACCGGGCGUAAUGCAGACAUAGAAAGUGCAAUUGCCUGUCUAGAGAAAAUUUGCAAUGACGAAGAGUCAAGUAACUUUGAAUGUUCAAAGAUAAAAAACCUCCUGCAGAAAGCGUUUGAGUAUCUAUCAAAGAAUAAGAAUGUAGAGGUUAGUCUUAGAGAGUUUGAGGUGAUGCAAAGCAGCUUGGGGUAUAAUGAGUUAUUUGUGACCAAAAAGGACCCAAUUGAGCUUCUUUAUACAUUUAACAAUAUGAAGGGAGAAAUAACUUUAGAAAUAGGGUGCAUGUACCCAGAGGCUUUUACUACAGUAAGCGUGAACUAUUAUACUACUGAAUUAGAAAGUAAAUUAAUACAGAUGAAAGAAAGACGCAGCAAUGCUAGCACAUAUAUGGAGUGUCUUGUUCUUCAGUAUGCAAGCAUUAAACUAAUACAGCUAUCGCGCGCAAUGGGUAAAUACUAUGAUUUCACUACCGAAAUGCCAUCUGACAUAUGCAGCUGGUAUAAUAAUCCAACUAGCUUACUUCUAUAUGGUAGCCUAGAAAAUAUAGAGAAAAAGUCCUAUAUUGUUGAAAUGUUUUUAAUCUACUCGAAUGGAGAAACUUUAGACUGCCAAAAUCCCAUGGUAAGAUUCACUUCUAAUCUUAUAAGAAGUGUUCCUCUGGAAGAUCCCGAUGUAAGAAAGUUGAUUCUAAAGGGCUGCCUGUAUAAUGAGAAGUAUCGGCAGUACUAUCCCUGGCUUGAGUAUGAUGUAGACACUGUUCCUAAAGGGGAGCUAUUUUCUAAUGAUAUACAGCUGUUGUUUAAAUCAAUAACUGAACUCAAUCUGCCAGAAAGCAUGGUUAUUAAGUCUUUUAUAUCUUUGCUGCGGGUGUAUGGAAGAGAUAGAAAUAUAUUUUAUAGCCUUACUGAGGAUUGGGUCUUUUUAAAUAUAAUAGAUAAGCUACAUAAAGAUUUUUUAGCAAUUGAGUAUCUUGAUCCAAAUGAACUUAAAGCCCCAAUUGAAAAUAAUAUGGCUAAUACAUUAGGGACUGUUUUUUAUGCACUGAACAAAUAUGUGGUUUUUUCAUGUGAUUAUACUAUUAGUGAUGUGUAUGUGUGCUGGUUUGUCUAUCUAUGCAGCAAGUACAAAUUGGCAAUUUAUCUUGUUAUGCCUAUAUAUACUUCUAUAGACCAUACUUCCAUAUCUAAUAGAGUGGAGACUAUUAUCCCUUCAAUUUUUUCCAAGGACCAGCUCUCUAAUGCUUUAAGCUCUCUAAAAAGAAUAGAAUGCAUAUUAAUUGGCAGUAAUGACCCGGAAAGUCAGAUAAAAUACAACGCUCUAAAAGAAUUAUUUGAAAAGCAUGCUCCGUGCAUUUCUUUAAGUAUAAAUAAAACCUUAGGCCGAUUAACUACAUAUAAAACGCUAGGGUAUAUAUAA